AAUGGCUGAAGUCGAGGUGGCAGACACGGAUCAGUUGUGCAAGCCGGGCAAAAACAAAACAAUACGUAGAAAGCUUUAACGGAGACAGUUCUUUUCCUCUGGGCUGACUUUUAAUUACACUGUGUGGCCGAGCUAUCAAAUCUUUCCCUGUUUUUGUUUGUUGUUGUUGUAACAAUGUCAUCGUGGCUCGGAGGAAUCGGCUCCGGGCUGGGCCAGUCGUUGAGCCAGGUCGGGGGAAGCCUUUCUACGUUCACUGGACAAAUUUCCAACUUCACCAAAGACAUCUUGCUGGAAGGAGCGGAAGAAGUAGGAGAUGCCUCCACGGAACUCCAAGUUUCUAAUUCCAGACUGAUGACACUGGAAGCCACCUACACCACACAGAAGUCUGAGUAUGAGCGGCUGCAGAAGAUCCAUGCAGAGCUGGAGGAGAAGCUGGAAGCAGCGGAGCUCCAGAUCAAGCAGCAGUCUGCAGAGCACAGGAUGCUGCUCCAGCAGAAAGAGGUGGAGAUCAGUCACCUGAAAGCGCGUCAGAGCCUGCUGCAGGAGGAGGUGCAGAAGCUGCAGCGCACCCCCCAGCCCUCCUCCGAUCCCGCCGUUCUGCCCCUCAACGCCGCCACCCCCUCCGCUUUCCUGCCCCACGCCUCAUCGGCGCACCAGGGUUUCCAGGGAGACGAGAUGGAUUUCAGCGACGUCAUCUGGUCCCAGCAGGAGAUCAACCGCCUGUCCAGUGAGGUGUCCCGGUUAGAGGCUGAGGUGACCCACUGGAGGCGCGUUUCUCAGGCCUCUAAAGCUCCAGGAGCAGCCAGCGGUGAUCAGGGGGAUGUGGUCAAGCUCCAGAGAACCAUUAAGGAGCUGCGGGAGGCGAUGGGGCGUGAGGUGGACGAGCACCAGCACGAGCUGGCCGCACUGCAGGACGCCCAGCGGCAGAAGAUGGCUGAGGUCACGCGCCGCCACCGCGAGGAGCUGGCCGAGUAUGAGGAGAGGAUCGAGGAGCUGGAGGAGCAGAUCCAGAAUGGUGCUCCAGCCUUGGCUCCCCAGGACUCGUCCAGAGUCUCCGAGCUCCAAGGCAAAAUCCAGGCCCUGCAGGAAGAGGCGGAGCUGCAGGACAGGAAGCUGAGAGAGCUGACAGAGAGUCUGGCGGCGGCAGGGCGGAAGCAGGCAGCCCUGCAGCAGGAGAAGGAGCUGGUGCAGGCGGAGAACACGGAGCUCCUGCAGAACUAUGCCCGGCUGCAGAGCUCUGUGGAGGAGCUGCAGACGCGUGUGCAGGAACAGGAGGGCAAGGCCCUGCACAAGGCACAUCUGGACAAUGAGAUCCAGAUGCUGAAGAAGGCUCUUUCGGGUGCAGAGAAAGAGAUCUCAAGGUUGAAGAGUCUUGCUGAGAAUGAACCAAAGCCUGAAGUGGAACAUGCAGACAUUCUGGAACUCAACACUAUAAUUGAGACCCUGAGGAAAGAGAAGGCAGAGGCUGAACAGCAAAGGCUGGACCUGCUGGAGAGACUCAGGUGUGCAGAGGAGCAGGUGAAGAGGGAUGAGGAAGGGGACCAUGAUCCCGGCCUGCAGGUGGUGGAGGAUCUUAGGAAACAGCUGGGAGAGAGGGAGCAGGCCCUGAAGGAGACUCAGCAGGAGCGGGACACACUCAGCGCCGAGCUGGAGGAACUGGACCGGCAGAACCAAGAUGCCACGCAGCACCUGAUUUCUCUGAAAGACCAGCUGUCAGUGCAGCACAGGGAGGCGGAUGCAGCGAUGGCUAGUCUACAGUCUGAGCUGGAUACCAUGCGGGACCAGAAGGGGGCGCUGCAGCAAGAGCUUGAGGCCCAGCGGGAUAAACUGAGCCAGACUGCCUUCACCCUCAAUGACAUGCACAUGAGCAAGCAGCAGCUGGAGGGAACGGUGAAGGAGCUGCGAGACAAGCUGGGUCAAAUGCAGGAGCGCAACACAGAGGCACGCAAAGAGACCGCCGAGCUGAAGAAGAAGCUCCAGGAGAGGGAAGAGGAGCUGUCCAGAGCCAGGGAGGAGCUGAGUCUAGCUGGCGAGACAGGGAGCGAGGCGGAGGGGCAGCAGAGGGUGCUGGACGAGAAAGAGAAAGAGUUGGCUGCGCUCAGACAGGAACUGGCAGACAUGAGAGGCUCGAAAGAGAAAGUAAUGUCUGAGGACUAUGAGAUUAAGAUAGAGAACAGCAAGCUCAAAGCUGAGGCCAAAGACACUGUGGCGAAGCUGGAGGACCUUGGCAGGCAGGUCCAGGACAGGCAGGCAACCCUGAACAGGACUGUCCUGGAGAAGGACACCCGAAUCAACGCGCUGAAGCUGGAGAAGAGUCAGCUGGAGAGCGAGCUGAGCCAGGCGGAGCAGCGACUGGCAGAACAGGCCCGGCAGUACCAGCAGACCAUCGAGGAGCUGACGCGGGCCCGGUCCAUGGAUGCCACUGCUCUGCAGACGGAGCACGAGCGCUCCGUCAAGCUCAAUCGCGAGAAGGACUUUGAGAUUGCUGAGCUGAAGAGGGAGAUGGAGCAGAUGGCCGCCGACCACCGGGAUACUAACGAGAUGCUCUCCAGCUCUGUCGCAGGUCAGAAGCAGCUGACCGAGCUGCUGAAGGAGAAGGACUUGUAUGUGGAAACGCUGAAUUUGAAGCUCGCUGAGAUACAGAGGGAACUAGAACAUAGUGUCAGGGCGGCGAAGGAAGGGGAAGCUCUGAGGCACACGUUGGAUGAGAAGGACAGGCAGUUGGGGGUCAUGAAGGAGGAGAACAGCCACCUGAAGGAGGAGAUCGACCGACUGAAGGACCAGCAGAGCCGGCCGCAGGCCCUGGCGGAGCCCAGGACCCUGGACAUAAUCACCGAGUUAGAGACAGAGAUUGCCCAGCUGAAAGCCGUGAAAGAUGGCUUGGAGGAGGAGGCGACGGCCCUGAGGAGAACGAUAGAGGAGCAGCGAGGAAGCCUCCUGCAUUCCCAGCAGUCUGUGCAAGCGCAGCAAAACGAGCUGGAGCAGGCAAGGUCGCGGCAUGAGCAGAGCACACUCAACUACGAGAAGCUCAUUUGCGCCAAAGACGAGGAGAUCGGACGCCUGCAGGAGACUUUGGACAGACUGACCGAGCAGCGGAUCCACAAUGACUCUCCGCCCCUACAGGCCCCGCCUCCUGCUGUGGUCAUCCUGCAGGAGGACAAGACCCAGUCGCUGAACGGGGAGAACGGCAACGAGAAACACGACCUGUCGAAGGUCGAAAUAGAGAAGCUCGUCAAGGGCAUCAAGGAGAAGGAGACUGAGAUCAGCCUGCUGAAUGAGAAGAACCUGUCGCUGGCAAAACAGCUGGAUCAGCUUGUGGUCUCCCGUGACGAGGUGGGCAAACUCUCUCAGAUGGUGCGUCAGAAGGACCUGGAGAUCCAGGCCCUGCACGCCCGUGUGUCGGCCGGCGGGCACAGCCAGGACCUGUUGUUCCUCCAGCAGCAGUUGCAGGCCUAUGCUGUAGAGCGUGAGCAGGUGCUAGCCGUUCUCAAUGAGAAGACUCGCGAGAACAGCCAGCUCCGGUCGGACUACCACCGCAUCAUGGACAUUGUAGCUGACAAGGAGUCGGCUUUGCUGAGGCUGCAGCAGGAGAACCAUCGCUUGUCCGUCAUGGCCGACCCGUCAGGGAGCCAUGAGAUGUCCCGCGAGACCAUCCAGAACCUGUCUCGGAUUAUCAGGGAGAAGGACAUAGAGAUCGACGCCUUGACCCAGAAGUGCCAGACGCUGGUGACCGUCUUGCAGACGUCGGGAGGCGACCCAGGCAGCGGCAGCGGAGGAGGGGUGAGCAGCAACCAGUUUGAGGAGCUCCUUCAGGAGAGGGACACCCUGAAACAACAAGUGAAGAAGAUGGAGGAGUGGAAGCAGCAGGUGAUCACCACGGUGAAGAACAUGCAGCACGAGUCCGCGCAGCUCCAGGAGGAGCUCAUCAAGCUGCAGGGUCAGGUCUCAGCGGACAGUGACUGCAACUCCAAGCUCUCCGUCGACUACACCCGGCUGAUCCAGAGCUAUGAACAGAGGGAGAGGAAGCUGGGCAGCCUGAACCAGGAGCUCGCUCAGGUUCAGCAGACCAUCAGCCAGCUCAGCAGCACCAAGGACGUUUUGCUUGGGAAGCUGGAUUCUGUAGCUGUAAGUCCUGAGGCUUCCCCGCCUGUGCAGGCAGCUGCUCCUCCAGCUGCAGUGGAGACCUCCAGCCACCAGGGUGCAGUGUCAGAGCAGCAGGAGGGACAGCUAAGCAGUCUGCAACAAGAACUGGAGUAUCUGCGAAAACUCUUAGCGGAGAGGGACACGUUGAUACGGACGCUGCAGGAAAAUAAUCACCGGCUGUCCAACUCGGCCUUGCUUUCUGAGAGCGAGCAGAGGGGGCAGGCCGAGGAGGCGCGCCAGGCCCGGGGAAAACUGGACUCCCUUCAGAAGACCCUGAGGGAGAAGGACCUGCUGAUCAAGACCAAAGGAGACCAGCUGAGCCAGGUGAGUGAGAGCCUGCGGAACCGCGAGAAUGACAACGAGGUGCUGAAGCAGGCGGUGACCAACCUGAAAGAACGCACGCUGAUCCUGGAGAUGGACAUUCGCAAGCUGAAGGAGGAGAACGAGAAGGUGGUGGCGCGCUCCUCUGAGAAGGAGACCGAGUUCCGAGCUCUGAGGGAGACCAACCUGCAGGUGUCCCUGCUCCUGAGGGAGAAGGAGUUUGAGUGCACUGCCAUGAGGGAGAAGGCAGCUGCCAUGGAGAAGAUGCUGAAGGAUGGAGAACAGGGCAAAUCUGGGGAGCUGAACCAGCUGCUGAACGAGGUGAGGUCAAUGCAGGAGAAGGCUGUGGCCUUCCAGCAGGAGAGGGACCAAGUGAUGCUGGCGCUCAAGCAGAAGCAGAUGGAGACCUCUGCACUGCAGAAUGAGAUGCAGCACAUGCAGGAUAAGGAGCAGCGGCUAAACCUGGAGCUGGAGCGUCUGCGCAAUCACCUGCUGGAGAUCGAGGACUCUUACACGCGGGAGGCCCUGGCUGCCGAAGACCGAGAGACGGACCUGCGCAAGAGGGUGGCAGUGCUGGAGGAGAGGCUUGUGACCUCAUCAAGUGCUGUGGAGAACGCAAGUCAACAGGCCAGUUUGCAGGUGGAAUCCCUGCAGGAGCAGCUGAGCGGUGUGGUGAGGCAGAGGGACGAGGCGCUGGUCCAGCUCCGCACCUCACAGGAGCAGGUCAACCAGUAUGCAGUGUCACUUUCCAACCUGCAGAUGGUGCUAGAGCAAAUCCAGCAAGAGGAGAAGGCCAUGUAUUCAGUAGAACUGGAGAAGCACAAGAAGGAGAAGGAGGAUUGGCGGAGGAAAGCGGAGAAGCUGGAGGACCGGGCCUCAGCCCUGCAGAUCAGCCUAGACGAGGCCAACGCUGCUCUGGACUCGGCCUCCCGGCUGGCUGACCAGCUGGACCUGAAGGAGGAGCACAUCGAGGAGCUGAAAAAACAAGUGGAGAUGAAGCAGGAGCUGCUGGAGGAAGCCCAGAACAAGCUGAUGAACCUGCUUAAAUGCACCGAGGGCAAAGUGGACAAGAUGCUGAUGCGAAACCUGUUUGUGGGCCACUUCCACGCUCCGCGGAACCAGCGGCAGGAGGUGCUGAGAGUCAUGGGCGGCAUGCUGGGAUUGGACAGAGAAGAUGUGGACAAGCUUUUGAUUGAAGAGAGCCGGCGUGGGGUGAGAGGCUGGGUGUCCAGCUGGCUGGGAGACAGAGCCGUGCAAAGUGUCCCGAACACCCCUCAGAGACCGGGGCACAGCCAGGAAUUCAACUCUUCAUUUUCUGAGAUGUUUGUGAAGUUCAUGGAGAUGGAGUCUAGGCCAGUCGCCCCAGCACCUAAGCUGCCAGUCUAUGACAUCAAACCCCUGAGUGCCCCACCUGCUGGGCGGAACACCAGCGCUGCCACCACACCUGCAGCAGGUGGCUCUGGAUCCAGCAGCAGAGCAGGGGAGUCUGGUCCCUUCCUGGCCCCCCGCUCAGCAGCAGUUCCCCUCCUCAACCCGGCGGCUUCCGGUGUAGGCGGGGCUGGCGGUCACAUGCUGCUGAAGCCCCUGUCAGACACCCUGCCCUCCUUUAUGCCCGUUCCUGUGUCUGCAGAGGCCAGCGGCGGGGCAGUGCUGAAGGACCUGCUCAAACAGUGAAAGGACAGCGGAGUGUCACUCAUGGCGCUUUACAGUAAAGCAGCCGAGGAGACCGGGACUCUACAUACCAUCUGAAGUAGUGAUGACGAUGAUCAUGACAACACCAACAUACUGAGGGGGAAAAAACAGUCCCAGUUUGUCUCAAAUUAAUUCUCACAUACUGAAUCGAAAGGAAAGACUCAAAUAAACUUGAGAAGGAAUCUUAUACAACUGUAAUAUUCUGAAACUGAGCAUCAGCAGGACUGUAUUCAUAUGUCCUGGCAGUCCCAUUCAUAAACUUGAAAAAAAAAAGUGUGCCUCUUUGAGAUGUCUCUCUUAAUGGUGUCAGUUUAAGGGCUCAAUGACUUAAGAAAUGGAAAAGCACUGCGUGCUUGUCGAUGAAACUGUGGCAUCAAUUCAACAAACACACUAGAAUUCUUGUCUGCAGCCUCGUAUGUUUCAGAGAAGAGUCGUAUUUGUGCAUUUAUUUGAUUUAGCUUUUUUCUUUAGUAUAAGCUAAUGUUCUGUCUGAUGCAAGGAUUUCUUGUGGUGUCUGGCACCAUGGAUGCUAAGAGAUUUAUAAGGCUCUCCGCAUCUGUUAAAACUAUACAGACUAUUCUGCAGUGUUUCAAGUUUUUCAAGAAGUUGAGCUUUGGUAUGUAUCAGAAUGUGGUGGCUACAAGUAUAGUAGAGGCCUGAGAUCUGAUCGUAAUAUUUGAAUAAUAGACUGCAGUUUCAUAUAUCUAAAAACAUGUAUUUUAUUUGUGUAUAUAUAUAAUACAACAUCUGAAUAUUGCUCAAGUGGAAGACCCCAGACAGAAGCUGUAAAAGCUAGAUAUUAAAGUUUGAAAGAAUACUACAGACUAUCCUUGGGUAAAUUUUAUAAUACGUUUCAAGUAUAACUGUGAGUGUCACGAUUCAGACCAACAGGAAUAUUGUAUACAUUUCUCAUGACACCAAACAUGCCAUGUAAAUAAGAUGAAGUUCAUUAUUUUUGUCUUCAGAAAAUUCUGAAGUCUGUAUCAGAGGAUCAAGAACACUAUUUCGCCAUUGGCAUUCUGCAAUAUUGUCUUCUAUGAUUAUGCAGGUUGUGGUAUUUAAAUCCCUGCAGUAUGUAUUUGCUUAGUUAGUAAUCACUUGGUUUGCUUCUAAUGGAAGUUAUCUCUGGAUUUUGGCAGGAAUUCAGAUGAGCUGCCUACAUGGUCAGUAUCAGUUGUGUUAUCCGUCGCACAUUUUGGUGAAAUAAAAUGCCCAUUUGCUCUCCUAUGGAGACAGAAAGAUCACUCGCUCAAAGGGUCUAGUUUUUCUGUUUUUUGUUCAUCCUACAAGUCAAGCAUAUAUUUCAUGCUCAACCUGAUUGCGCUUGCAUUGGUUUUUAGAGACAGUUGACUGGAAAAUAUGUUUCAUUGAAGUCCUCUAGUUCUUUUGCAUGUAAGACUUUUUAUUUAGAUUCUGCUGAAGUGAUGAAUUAAGAAACAUAUUUAUAACAUGUUGAAACCUGCCAAAAUUGGAGCACAAAAAUACUGGUAAUUUAUUUUUUAUUAAUUAGCAUUAACAAAUUGAUUUCUUUUGGAUUUUCUGUAGCAUACUUUCUGCAUUCAGAGCUCAUGGUGUCGUCAAAUGAUAGACAUCUCAUUGGAGGGGGCAGGGCUAAUGUUACUUUGAGGAUGUAGGCUGUUACAGCUCUCAGAAGUAGUGUGUAAUGAAGAUAUUUUAAAUCUCUUCUCAUUGGCAUUUUAUGCUGGUGCAACCUAAAUAGAGUGCAAAAUCAUCAAUAAACUGCCUAGUCUGUGUAUUUUUAUUUAUAAGAUCUUCAGCUGUUUACUUAAUGUACAGAAUAUUCACAACAUCGCCAUAAUAUUAAUAUACAAUGUAUGAAAGUGAAAUAUUCAGCAUCUUCCAGAGAUUGUGUGCAUCCCUGGCUCACACUUGUAGGCUAAAUAGGAUGCAUGGUUUGGUUAUAGUGGCAAGAUUUUGCAUAAUGCAAUUUUCUAUCCUGCCUCCUCCUCUGGUGAUGUUACUUACAACAUUUACAAAGAAACGUGAAUGAUUGGUGGGUUAUGCUGUGGCACAUAGUGCCAUUGCAGGUAUUUGAAGCAAGACAAAAACUGAUUAUGAUGCCCAGUAGUGACAGAAUUCACUUUCGACUUUUUGCAUAUUUCAAUAAAACAAAUUAUUCGUA